UCUCUCUCUCUCCGCGUUCCUUUUUCUAAAAAGGUUAAUAAUAAGAGCAAAUGAUGAACGCGAGAGAGAGAGAGAGAGAGAGAGAGAGAGAUUGGGGGAGAGGGAAAGGGGACGAAACCGUAGAGGGGAAGGGAAAGGAGCACGCGCCUUUGUGCGAAGAAGCUCCGCUGCUCCCAAUGAUUUGUAGGUUUUGCCACCAUUGACCUCCUCUCCUUCUCCUCCUCCUCCUCCUCCUCCUCCUCCUCUUUCUCCUUUUGAUCCCCGCCCCGAAGACCCUAACCCUAACCCUAACCCCAACCUUUUGGAGCACGAACCUGCUUCCUCCUCGCCCGCGCCUGGAUUCGAGGUAUAUGCACCACAAACUUGAGGCAUAAAGAAGAAGAGUACAAUGCGCCGCUGGCUUUGCUGUAAUUGUCAAGUAGAUGAAUCUUAUGAUGAACAUGAGAAUGCGCAUCUCAAAAGCACGACUAAUCAUAUAGAUGGACUCCAAAGGGGUUCAAAGCUUUCUGCUGCUGCCAAACCUGAACCCCCGAAAGCACCUCCCCCAAUCGAAGUUCCUGCACUAUCAUUGGAAGAAUUGAAAGAAAAAACUGACAACUUUGGAUCAAAGGCUUUGGUUGGUGAAGGUUCAUAUGGAAGAGUCUAUUUUGCAACUUUAAACAAUGGGAAACAAGUAGCAAUAAAAAAACUUGAUGUUUCAUCUGAGCCCGAGUCGAACACUGAAUUUCUAACCCAGGUCUCAAUGGUAUCAAGACUGAAGCAUGAAAAUGUCGUUGAAAUGUUGAGUUAUUGUGUGGAAGGAAACCUUCGUAUACUGGCCUAUGAAUUCGCAACAAUGGGUUCCCUCCAUGAUGUUUUGCACGGAAGAAAAGGAGUCCAAGGUGCGCAACCUGGCCCGGUGCUUGACUGGAUGCAACGGGUUCGAAUUGCAAUUGACGCAGCCAAAGGACUGGAAUAUCUUCAUGAGAAAGUUCAGCCUUCUAUAAUACAUAGGGACAUUAGAUCGAGCAACGUUCUCUUAUUUGAGGACUUCAAAGCAAAAAUCGCGGACUUCAAUCUUUCGAAUCAGGCUCCUGAUAUGGCUGCUCGUCUUCAUUCUACUCGUGUCUUGGGAACCUUUGGCUACCAUGCACCAGAGUAUGCUAUGACUGGCCAGCUGACUCAGAAAAGUGAUGUGUAUAGCUUUGGAGUUGUUCUUUUGGAGCUUCUGACUGGAAGGAAACCAGUGGAUCACACAAUGCCUAGAGGCCAGCAGAGUCUCGUCACAUGGGCGACUCCGAGGUUGAGUGAGGACAAGGUCAAGCAAUGUGUAGACCCUAGGUUGAAGGGUGAAUAUCCACCAAAAGGAGUUGCUAAGCUUGCUGCAGUGGCAGCUCUCUGUGUUCAAUACGAAGCCGAGUUCCGGCCCAAUAUGAGCAUCGUGGUCAAGGCAUUAUCUCCACUCCUCGUAAAUAGGCAUGCGGCACCACCUCCUGCUGCUGCACCUGCCGCAACUCCGGAUAGUUAAAUUCUGGGGUUUAAGAACAAAAAAGAACAAGCGGCAUAUCUUGUUGGCAUGUCUUUGUAGGUCACAACAUCUUGUUUUAUUGCGUGUGGGUUUCCUUCUUACGGCAAAGAGCUUUUAUGUUCAGUUGCCAAUUAUUGUUGUGUGAGCAGGCAGAGACUGCUGUGUUUUCUCUUCUCUCUCGGAAGUCGUGCAAUGGUAAGUUGAGUAAGGAGAGUUCUUAUAUCAUAAACAGCUCAAAUGUUCUGUACCUCAAAUAAACACAUCUAUUCGGCUUAAACAACUUGUUAUUAUUAUUUGUUUCUUUUUGUGCUUA